UAGUACGAUUCUCUUUCAUCAUCAUCGUCAUCCCUUCUCUUCUUUCUCCGCAUACUGCAGGAAGACCUCCGCGAAGAUUAUGAAGAAACCGACGGAACUGCUCUCCGAUUAGCAAUCCCUCGGCCGCCGAAUUGUUUAUCGUCUGUCAUUUCGAUCGCAUUUGCCACAGAUCUGUACAAAAAUCCCCCUGUGUCGCCCUCUGAUUCUCAAUCCUGCUCUCCGUUGAUUGACCGGUAGCGUGGUUUCUCUUCCAUAGCUGUAAAUCUUAGGGUUUAGUGUUCGAAUCUCUCACUGGUAGCGGGAAUCGGUUUUUGUAUCUACGGUUCCGCUCCAUUUGACGACCCUUGCCGCCAUUGAAGCCCUAGCUUCGAGACUGAUCAGUUCUUUGUCCUUUUUUCAUUUUUUCGGUUUUAGUUUGGGUUCUGAGGAGAUUUUUGUUGAAAGCGAAGUUUAGGUUACUGGUAGAUUCUGCCUGGUAGGUUCUUGGUUUUGAGUUUUUCUCUCAAUGAACAAUAGAGCUAGGUACCCGCCGGGAAUCGGCGCCGGUAGAGGCGGCGCUGGCAUGAACGCUGGCCCCGCAUUUCAGUCUAGGACACCGCAGAUGCAGUAUGUGCAGAGAAACCAGUUAGGGCAGCAGCAGUAUCAGCAGAAUUAUCCGCAGCAGCCACAGCCGCAGCACCCGCAACACCAGCACCAUCACUGGCCCCGCAGGCCUCAGAUAGGCGGUGCAGAAGCCAGUGUAGAUGAAGUAGAGAAGACCGUCCAGUCAGAGGCUGUUGAUACGAGUUCACAAGAUUGGAAAGAAAGGUUGAAGAUUCCUCCACCUGACACACGAUAUAGGACAGAGGAUGUAACAGCAACAAAAGGAAAUGAAUUUGAGGACUAUUUCCUAAAACGAGAGCUCCUUAUGGGAAUAUAUGAGAAGGGUUUUGAGAGACCAUCUCCUAUCCAGGAAGAAAGUAUUCCAAUUGCCUUAACUGGCAGUGACAUUCUUGCUAGAGCUAAAAAUGGAACUGGGAAAACUGCUGCUUUCUGCAUUCCUGCCUUGGAAAAAAUUGAUCAAGAUAACAAUGUUAUUCAAGUUGUUAUACUUGUUCCAACACGAGAAUUGGCCUUACAAACAUCGCAAGUCUGUAAGGAGCUGGGUAAACACUUGAAAAUACAAGUGAUGGUUACCACUGGGGGAACCAGUUUAAAGGAUGACAUCAUGCGGUUGUAUCAACCUGUCCAUUUACUUGUUGGAACACCAGGAAGAAUAUUAGACCUUGCAAAGAAAGGCAUUUGCAUUUUGAAAGAUUGUUCAAUGCUAGUGAUGGAUGAGGCUGACAAGCUCUUAUCCCCGGAGUUUCAACCAUCUGUGGAGCAGCUCAUUCGAUUCAUGCCAGCCAAUCGUCAGAUUUUGAUGUUUUCUGCUACAUUUCCCGUCACUGUGAAGGAUUUUAAAGAGAGAUACCUGCAGAAACCCUAUAUCAUCAACCUUAUGGAUGAACUUACGUUGAAGGGUAUCACUCAAUUCUAUGCUUUUGUUGAAGAAAGGCAGAAAGUCCAUUGCCUAAACACGCUAUUCUCUAAGCUUCAAAUCAACCAAUCAAUUAUCUUUUGCAACUCAGUUAAUCGAGUAGAGCUGUUAGCAAAGAAGAUUACGGAACUCGGGUAUUCUUGUUUCUACAUACAUGCAAAGAUGCUGCAAGACCAUCGGAAUAGAGUUUUUCAUGAUUUCCGAAAUGGCGCCUGCAGGAAUCUUGUUUGCACUGAUCUGUUCACUAGGGGUAUUGACAUUCAAGCAGUCAACGUGGUGAUCAACUUUGACUUCCCGAAGAACUCCGAAACAUAUUUGCAUAGGGUGGGUCGUUCUGGAAGGUUUGGCCACCUUGGUUUAGCUGUAAAUCUGAUCACAUAUGAGGACCGCUUUAACUUGUAUAGGAUCGAGCAAGAACUUGGGACUGAAAUAAAGCAGAUUCCUCCACACAUUGAUCAGGCAAUUUACUGCCGGUAGCAUGUGAGUUAAUGUCGAUAUAAAGUGCUUAACGAUGAUGAGCAUUAGUGGGUUGAUGGAGCCGGUGGAGUAUAAUCUUGGUCUGCUUUUCUCGGUUUCUGGCCUGAGAUGAUACCUUGGAUGCAGGUGUGGUGGAUAUCCUCUCUGAUGGUGUUUGGUCGGAAAUGGUUUUAUUCUUGGUGGGGAGAUUUUGAUGCUCUGAUACAUUAAAACAGGAGCCUGAAUUCAUGAGUAUGGUGUCUGUCUAUGAACCCUGGGAAGAAGCUGGGUCCAAUCCAGUUUGCCUGUGGUUCUUUUUUUUUUUUCGUUCUGUUUUGUUUUCGGUCUUUUGUUUUGCUGACUCGUACCCUUUACUGCAUGCUGUCGGUGUUUCGAUCAAUAACUAGAACCCGAGCAGGUUCUGGGCUGUCCUCCUAGUUUUUCUCAUGUCAGAUUGUUAGUCCUGUCUCUUGUCCAUGACAUUAUAGCUCCGAUGUUGUGUGGUUCAACUGUCUCUUAAUCUACUCUUGCUUACAAGUUCGUGACUA